AACUUCACAUUCCUAAAGUGUCAAGACCUUUACAUAAUUUGUUUAUAAAAGUUUUCACUAAAAAAUGUCUAAAGAAUCGAAAACAUACAAAUAUUUCGAUACGCCCGAUGGAGAGGACGUAUUUAAGAAACUAUUGUGCGUUUUGAAGCCGACCUUCUUGACUGCUUUUGGUGUGUCCACCGCCGACGUAUUAUUGUACUCCCAUCCAAAAGGUUAUGCUAAAAUAUUAUCAAGGUAUGCUUUUAUCGGUUUGCCCAUUGUGGGAAUCGCCAGUACCUUCGUACUUGCCACCAACAUGUGCGCCAACAUCAGAAAGCAAGAUGGCAUGAUCAACUGGUUUGUCGGAGGUGCUGCUGCUGGCAGUCUUGUUGGAGUCUGGGCUAGAAGACCAAUGAUGGGAUUCAACGCAGCCAUAGCCCUUGGUAUCCUGGGUGCCAUGAGGAAGAAUGCUGAUCAAAAUAAAUGGCAUGUCUUCUAUCCUGAUGACAUGCCCAUUGGUUAUGGAACUAUCUGGGGAGUCAAUCAAGAUUGGACAUUGUUGCCUGACACUAGACCCAAAGGAUGGACCAGUCAAAAACAAUAAGGAUUAAUGUGUUUUGUAAAUAGUUUAAAUGUUUAAUGAUUAAUAAAAUUAUAUAAAACUGCCAA